AUGGAUACAUGUGAAAGAAUCACCAUAUCGUUUGUUCUCUUGUUUAUUAUUCUUCCUUCUCAAAUUCAUUCAGUGGCUGGAGAUGGAGAUCAACAAUCAGGUUCAAGGGAGAUGCAAGAGAACCGACCAUAUCUUACCAAGAUAGCAACAGAUACCAUCUCUUUGUUGAAGGAGUCUCAUAGUAAUUAUUGGGACAAAGUCAAAACCAUCAUCCAUGAUCUGCAGUUACAGUUCUUUCCUCCCAAUUUAGAUUUUAGAAGUGCUGUUGAAGAGAGUACUAGGAGCGAAAAUGGUGGAGGUGAAAAGAUUAAAAAGGCGGUGGGGAAAUGUCUUGAGACAGGCAUAAAAACAGCUGAAAAAUCAGCUGAAUCGGCUGCAGAAGUGAUGGGAGAAGCAAUGCAUGGAGCAGCGGAGAAGGUGAAGAAUAAACUAUCUAAUACGAAUGGCCAAGAGAGUAUUCAUGAUGAACUUUAA